UAAUUCGGUCACUUCCGGUUCACAGUCGCGAGCACACGAACAGGAAACCAGCACCACAAACACGUGAGUUUGUUUUUUCAGCCAAAUCAGACGUCUGACACAAGAUGGACAUCAUAGAGGUUCCCGUGAGUAAUAACAAUAAAGGUAAGAACAAGAAAAAUAAGAAGCCAAAGAAUAAGAGUGCGAUUCAAGAGGGAAAUGGAGUCGAGAUAAAGGAGGAGGAGAAGAUGGAGAAGAUCGAGCCAGCAGCUUCUGCCUUCCCCCCCACCUUCAGUGUGUCCGAUAUCAAGAAUAAACAGCGAAGACACCAAAUGUUCAUGAAAUUCAAGCAGGAGAAAAGAAAGGAAAAGUUGCAGGUGAAAAAAAAGAAGAAAAAAGAAAGGGACGCUUUAGGUGACAAGGCACCGCCGAAAGAAGUCCCAAAGACGAUAGAAAACCAGAGGGUGUACGACGAGACAACAGUUGACCCAGAAGAUGAAGAGAUUGCAUUUGACGAGGGAACUGAUGAAUUUUCUGCGUACUUCAACGGGUUGACAAACCCCAAAGUGCUCAUCACAACAUCAGACAGACCAAGAGGGAGGACGGUGAGGUUUUGUGGGCAGCUGGCCACAGUAAUCCCAAACGCCCACGUGUACUACAGAAGAGGUUUGGCCCUGAAGAGGGUCAUUCCUCAGUGCGUCGCCAGGAACUUCACCUACCUCAUGGUCAUCAACGAGGAUCGCAAAAUGCCCAAUGGUUUGGUUCUCAGUCAUCUUCCCGACGGACCGACUGCGCACUUCAAGAUCAGCAGUGUUCGACUUCGCAAGGAGAUGAAGAGACGAGGCAAAGAUCCAACUGAACACUCGCCAGAGGUGAUACUCAACAACUUCACCACACGUCUUGGCCACAGCAUAGGCCGGCUGUUCGCUGCCCUCUUCCCACAGGACCCUCAGUUUGUGGGUCGACAGGUCGCCACCUUCCACAACCAGAGAGACUUUGUCUUUUUCAGAUUUCACAGGUACAUCUUUAAGAAUGAGAAGAAAGUUGGUAUUCAAGAGCUCGGACCUCGCUUCACCCUCAAACUGCGCUCUCUACAGAAAGGCACCUUCGACUCGAAGUUUGGGGAGUACGAGUGGGUCCUGAAGCGCCAUGAGAUGGAUGCCUGCAGACGGAAGUUCCAGCUUUGAAUGCAAAAUUACCGGCGUUUGUUAUCCAAGAUAUUACCGCUGUUUGUGGCUUUGUACAAAUGAAUUUUAUUGUGGAUAUCCAGAUUCUUUUGUGGACGAGCUGUUAACAUUUAAUUUGAGGUUCAACAAUGACUGGAUUUUAUGAGAGCACAUCGCUGUAGAUUCACACGACCUAUAUAAAGCUGCAUCCGCAGACCAAGUGUGGGAA